CCGGCAAAGCUUCUCGAAUCCUUCAAGCGCCGCGAUGGGCGCUCCGGCCAGAAGGGGCGCUAGCCCUUGCUGCGGGAGCGCAGAACGGAUGCAACGCCUUUGACCCAGGCGGACCUGCGGAACGGUGCGCCCGGGCGCUUUUGCCGGCGCUUUGGAGAGCCCUGGAACUGACGCCCGUGUCGCAGCGGGCUGAUGUGUGGAUCGUUUGCACGUCCAAGGGACAGGCUGCGCUGGCUGGAAUUUGAUGCAAAAAAAAAGAAGGGUGUGUGUGUGUCGGCUGAAAAAAUCCCCGUGAUGCAGAAAAGGGGGUUGCAAAAAUAAAAAAAACGGGAGACGGGAACAGCUCGGGUUGUUUCAAGCAGCUGCAGCAAGCCCGGGGAUGAGUUUGUGGAGUUUUUCUUCCUUUUUAUACAGCAGCCGUUUUUGCACCUCCUUAAUACAAAGCGCGGGAGAGGGAGCUUGCAGUUUGUACCUUGCUUAUUUUUUUUCUUUCCGCAAGUUUUUUUCUGGGUCUGCCUGUUACCCUUUUUAAGACUGCGGAAAGAACUGCCUUAAAGCCCUUCCGUCGGCAGUGACAGCAUCCGUGCCACUUUGUAAGCAAAAAUAAAUAAAGUGCUCCUUUAAAUGUAAAAAAAAAGAAAAAAAUCCAACUUUGGCCAGCGAUGUGAUGCCUUUGACAGCCGUGGGAUCGGCACUCGUUUUUUAAAAAAUAGAAAGAAGGGGCUGGGGAAGACGGAAGAUGUUAAGGACCCGUGAGCUGGGCGCCACCUCGAGCUGCGGUGGCUUGGGCGACAUAGUGGGAAACAGGAAGCUGAUUGUGUUGGGGGCCGUGCUGGGCUGGCUGCUGGUUGUCCACUUGCUGGUCAACGUCUGGCUGCUUUGCAUCCUUUCCGGGCUGCUGGCGGUGUUGGGUGGCUGGCUGGGUUCCCAAGCGGUGAUUGGGACCAGCAGCAGAGUCCAUCUGGAGAGGUUCCUUCUACUGGAGAGCAGCCCCCCAAACCCUGACGCAGAGAAGCAGCUGGACAAGGAGAUUGAGAACACGAUCCAGAAGGUAGUUCGCGAUUUUGUGUCUUCCUGGUAUCGGGCGGUGAGCAGCGAGGGGGACUUCGAGAACGAAGUGAAGAGAGCAAUGACGGGCCUGGCCUUGGAGCUUAAAAGGAGGAUGGCCCUGGUGGACAAGCAGGCGUUGACCCAGAAGGUGCUUCUGCUUGUGGGUUGCCACCUGCAGACCUACAAGAAAGCCCGGGAAAAAGUAGAGGAGGCAGGGUGCCCCCGAGACUCUGCUGAAAGGGCCGACUGGCUAUGGAGAGCGUACUGUGAACUGUCGGGCCCACACAUGGCCGUCCAGAGCCCUGCAAGCGAGGUGGAUUAUGCUCGGCGCAUUGUAGACUUACUGCUGCAUGUCUUGGUCCCUGAACCGCACCUGGAAACCAGGACCGGACGUUUUGUGGUGGUGGAACUCGUGACCUGCAACGUGUUGCUGCCCAUGAUCAACAAAAUUGCAGAUCCCGACUGGCUUAACCUGCUGUUGAUUGGGAUUUUCUCCAAGGCUGGAGGGAAAGAGAAGCUGGAGAUGUCGCCGGUGGUACCGGCCCGUUGUCCAUGCCAGCUUGUGGUACCCAAUUCCUUGCCUCUGGCCUUUCAGUUGGAAGUUCCUCCAGAGGCCAGGGCAGUUUCUCCAAGGAGUCCUGCGUCUUUGACCGGUGAUGCACUAGAUGACUUGGAGGGCCACCUGUUGGAGGGGAAAGAACCCAUCAGCAGAGAGUUGAGCGCUGGCUUAGAAAGAAGGAGAACUAGCAGCACAUCUGUGCCCUGCCUUCAGUCUGCUACUCUGGGCUCCUUCUUCCCCUGUGAAGACUUGGAAAUUGAGUCUCCUGCGUCUGACAUAGGAAAAGACUCUGGCUCCAUGGUGCUCAUGUCUAACGAGGAAUUCCUUGCGGAUUCCUUCACAGCACUGGAGGGGCCUGACUGCUUGGAUCAAGAGGAUGGCCUGGGAGUCAAAGGCAGGCAUAUGGAAGAUAACCCUGGCUCUAGCUCUGAAACUGGCCCCCAAAUUGCCUCCCUGAGCCCGUGCCCUGAUAUCCAGAUUGAGGCUGUUGUGGAGAAGGAGGAGACCUUGGCUUCCUUGACGGCUCUUUUGGAGGACUCAGACAAGACUUUCCUGCAGCGGCCGUCCUACUUGGAGAAAGAGUUGGUGUCUUCUGAAAGCUUGGCCCACAGCCCUCAGGAGCUUGCUCAGCUGCCGGGCCUGCUGUCUUCCUCCCCUACCGCUCCUCAGGGCACAUUCAGCUUUGAGCCACUCAGUAGCCCUGAUGGCCCUGUUGUCAUCCAAAACCUGCGGAUAACCGGGACCAUCACCACCCGGGAGCACAGUGGGACGGGGUUCCAUCCUUACACUUUGUAUACCGUAAAGUAUGAGACAACUUUGGACAGUGAGAAUACCAGCAGUCUCCAGCAGGUGGCUUACCAUACUGUCAACCGGCGAUAUAGAGAAUUCUUGAACUUGCAAACGCGACUGGAGGAGAAACCAGAUCUACGGAAGUUCAUAAAAAAUAUUAAAGGUCCAAAGAAGCUAUUUCCCGACCUUCCUUUUGGUAACAUGGACACAGAUAAAGUAGAAGCCAGAAAAAGUCUCUUGGAAUCAUUCCUCAAGCAAUUGUGUGCUAUUUCUGAGAUUGCCAACAGUGAGGAGAUGCAGGAAUUCUUGGCCCUGAACACAGAUGCCAGGAUUGCCUUUGUCAAAAAGCCCUUUGUGGUUUCCAGAAUCGACAAGAUUGUGAUGAACGCGAUUGUGGACACAUUGAAGACUGCUUUUCCCAGGUCCGAGCCACAGAGCCCCACGGAAGAGCUCAGUGAAGCAGAAGUGGAUGGAAAGUCUCAGAGCGAAGGGAAGAAGGCUAGCAAGCCUAGGCUGAGGUUCGCAUCCAGUAAAAUUCCUCCAGUUCUGAAUGUGGCUGGAACACAGGAGAAGGUUGCAUAUUCUUUCAAGGAAGGCACCGCUGUCUCGGAGUUUCUGUCCCUGGCAAGGAUGGAGUCCUUCAUCCAGAAGCAGGAAAAGCUACUGGAAGCCGUCUUUGACGAGAACCCAGAGAGUGAGGGAGGUAGGGACGCCAGUGCCCUUCGACGUGCAUCCAGUUUGGUCAUCGUGAAGCCCACAGAGGCAUCACAGCAACCAGCAGAGGGCAGCAGCGAUCUUGAGUCAGAGACGCUGCUGGCGGACGUUGCCUUGGACCUUCUCCGUCUGAUCAUGGUGGAUCAUUGGAGCUGGCUGUGCAUGGAGAAUGUGCAGAAGGUCCUGCAUCUACUGUUUGGGAGCCUGAUCCAAAGGUGGUUGGAAGUUCAGGUGGACAAUCUGACCUGCACUCAACGCUGGGUGCAGUACCUCAGGUUGCUCCAGGAAUCAAUAUGGCCGGGUGGGAUAUUGCCUGCGGCGCCCAAACCACUCAGGACAGAGGAGCAGAAGGCAGCAGCAGAAAGACAGGCCUUGCAGAUUCUCAUGGGAAUCCUGCCAGAACUAAUCCUAGAAAUCCUUGGGACCAGUAAAUGUCAACAGAGUUGGAGACUAGUCCUGGAGUCCAUACAACAUCCUAUCAUAAACAGGCACAUGGUUUACUGCCUCUUAGACAUCCUACUGGAAUUUUUGAUCCCUGACUCACAAGUAGCUAAAUCCAAAAUAACAUCAGUAGUUACACCUGCCUGUGGAGUGGCUGAGAGAGCUGGUCCUUCAACACACUAACUCAGACUGGUGUUCCUAGCAGCGGAGGAGAAGAGAGGAUGUGUAGAAUAGGCAUCAAUUCUUGGCAUUACAUUUCUUUUGGAUUGAGUCAAACGCUGAUGAAGAAGGCAUAUACGUCUGGCUGCUGAAUCUGAGAUGAUUAGUCCAAAGGUGUUUAUUUGUACUGUGAAGUAGUGUCCACCCCGUAACUCAGGAGAUCUGAGGAGUCCAUUAGAAGGUAACCUCUUCUUAUAGAGGUGAAUAAUCUUUAGAAUAUGAGAAGACCUCACUGACAUUCCUGAAUAGAUGUGAUUUUACCUCCUGUAUGUCUUUUAAAGCUACGUUCAAGCUGGUUAAGUUGGAUACUCCAUGACUACAUGCAGAUGUAGAUGGGCAUUGCAUUUCACAAUCUGUCCUCAUUUUUCUGUACAUAACAUUAUGCUCAAGAGUCGAAAAGCAAAUGUUUAGUAAAUAAAACCACCCUGCCUUUAUUUGGUGUCUCAUGUAACUGUCCUUGAGGUUCAUGGCAUCUCUUAAAGCACAAAACUAUUGAAUUAAACGUUUUGUUUCCUGUCUGAAA